AUGGACGUCUUUUACUCUUAUACGUAUGGAACGGCAGGAUGGCUUGCAUUACAAUCCCUCCCGCUAAUCAUAUCACCCACGAUCAUAAUUACAAUGCUCUCACCUGAGUAUCGAGAUGCUACCACUCUCGAAGAAUACUUCUCCCGGUCACUUGGCUUCACCCUACUGACCCUGGGUAUACUAACUGUUCUCCUGACCGGAUCUGUUCCCCUCACAUCCUCGAUAUCCGACACUGCCUCUUCUGCAGUCACCUCUUCCGAAAGCGACCCCAAAGCUCCUUACGCAGUCCCCGUUCUCACGAUUAGCAUUCUUUAUCACGGUCUCAUAGCAUUUCACUGCUAUGCGCGCUACACAACAAUGGGUACCUUUGCAUUUGCAUUGGGAUCACUUGGUUCGACGACUCUAUUUGCGAUUGGUGGGUGGUGUUUACUUUUUGGAACAUCGCAUGGACGAAUUAGCAAAAAGACUGGAGCGGAUAAGAGGACGAGUGGGUUUCCCUUUGGGAAUCAGGAGAGUGCUAGUGCCAGGAAGAGGGCUAACAGGAGGGGUUUGUGA